AUGGUCGUUGGCAGUUGGCCCUUGAGUUCCUCGUGGGCAUGGAGUUGGAGCGCCUUUCCAGGUCUCGCCUGCAGGGCAUUUGGCAGAGGGGUUCCAUCACAGGCUUCUGUAGGGGCCUUGCAGGGUAUUGAGCAUAUAAGUCAUGAGUAG